UAUAUCAAUCCGAAGUAGUUUGUAGAUUGAAUCAGUGACUGACUGAAUUGGAAGAUACAAGUUGUGUAAUAGCAAGGUGAUAUACAGUGGGCAACGUGAACUUUCAAGUGUGUUUAUAGGACUUUUCGUUCCACUCUUUUCCCAAGUUUACAGCACUUUUUGUUGAAGAAACGGUCAAGAGAAACAUGCACAAAGUGUUCCUCGUGUUGUUUUUAUUUGCCUCCGUCUACUCUGAGUCGGUGCGGGAGACUGAGACAUGGAUGCCCAUGAAGACGACCCAAGCCGCGUCGCACGACGAGCUUGCUGCGUCUGGUGACGGCUCCGACUUUGGCUUCCCUGAUGAGGAACACGACACAUUUGACAAUGAGGAUGAAACGGACGAUGAAGACUUCUCUGGCUCUGGAGAUGGAGUAACUAUUACAAUCAAAAAUGACAAUACCAUGACAAAGUCCAACAUGAACGACAACAAGAUUCCAGACCUGGACAUACCCCUGAGGACCAAACCCACACCGAAUGAGAUUGAACUGGUCCAGAAGAACAAUGAAGUGUCAGUGCGGGGUGCUCCCAAACCCGAGGAGUACCCAUCAAACGUACUGAUGGCCCAUGCGGGGGAGGAGAGCAUCUUCAGAAAAACAGAGGUCCUAGCAGCUCUGAUUGCUGGUGGAGCAGUGGGGCUGCUCUUUGCAGUCUUCCUCGUCCUUCUGCUCAUCUACCGCAUGAAGAAGAAGGACGAAGGCAGCUACGAUCUGGGAAAGAAGCCCAUUUACAAAAAGGCUCCGACAACGGAGAUCUACGCCUAAAGCCCACCUUCGUCGGGCCCCCUGCCUGCUCUCCAGUGCCUCUCGAAAGCAAACCUCUCCUCUUGCCUGCUUACUGUCAAGCUAGGAAGUCCCAGAGGGGGAGAACACCAAACAAACUGCUUUUCCUAUUCCACCACAAGUUCGGAAUCAACAUUUUAACCGUCAGUUCCCCCCCUCCCUUUUUUUCCCUACAGGAAAGAUAUUGGGUGAAAUCUUGACUUUUCUCUCCCACACUGUUUUAUGACACUAACAAGGUGCAAUGACAACUUCACUCUGUGAGGUGACAUGGUACAGAUAUUUAUUUUCCUCCCCCCCUGCUCUGAACCUUGGUACCCAUAUACUGGUGCUACAGAAGUCUUGUUACUGUAGCAUUUUCUUUUACAAUAUUUAAAAAAAGAAUCCCUGUGUAGGGAAAUGAUGACGGGUUCUGUUUCGAUUCAAAUGUAUUUUGUCAAACAGAUUAAGUCUGUAGUGAAUUCCAGAUUGAUGAAAAUACCUUGAUACAUGCUACUCUAUAAAUAUAGCAGGGGCCAAGCUUGAUUCUCCAGGCUGUUUUAUUUGGACUGGACUGAAAUCAACAUGCUUUUGUUCCUAGGACAAAUCGCUGUGUGUAUACACCCACUCCAUCCACACCACAAUUAUUUGUAAAAACGAGCAACACAACGACACAUACAUGAUUGGUGAGCUCAGUUUGUCAGACCUCAUCUCAGUGGUUUACAAUGCUUGUAAACUAAGCUAUUUGAACAGAUAGUGGUUUAUCGCUGUUGACAUAAAACAAUUAUCACUGCACAUGGACUGUACGCUUCAAGGGAUCUGUACAUAGCCAGUUUAAUAAAAUUCUGAACUUGGAACUGAGCAAUUUCUUGCCAGAUGUUUAUUUACCAAAUAUUUUAUACUUUGUCUAACAUUACUGUAAAUGCUUGGAAUAAUUGGUGUCUUCGUACCUAAGAAGUCGGGAUGUAUUGAUUCACUGAUACAGAGAGGCCCUGGUUCAAAUGUUUGAAAAUCACUAAAUUGACAAAGCUAUCCACCCGAUAGCCAGGUGGUAGAUGCCCAGUUUUCCCUAAUGGCUCAGCUCUGGUGCCUACAUACACUAGACUUAUACGAUUUACACGCGUCAGCUCUGAGACCCAGCUUAUGAGCUCUAUCGGCAACGGAUUUGAAUUUAGAAUGGGAAAUGAAUGUGUUUUAUGUAACAAAUGUUAGUGAAUCGCAUCGAUUUGUUCCUCUAAUCAAACUGAAUCGUACUGACUCGUUUCAACUAAAACUCAUAAUUCCUGUAUAAUAUCGGAGCCCAACUAUCUAGAUGCGUAUUGAAUCGUUGUGAAAGGGAACGAUCCACAUCCCUACUAAGAUGCCUAUAGUGGGAAACCCGUUUAACUACUAAUGCUAGUACUAACUAUUUCUGUCCAAUGUUUUAGAAUACUUGUUCAAUUUAACUAUCAAAUUGUAUUGCCUUUCAGGUUGGGGCUUUUCCCCCUCUUAGCUGUUGUAUUUGUUUUAAAUGUUUUAUACACUAGUUCAAGAAGCAAAUAGUUUUAUUUUGUACAUUUAUGUUUUUCUUGACAUUUUAAGCCGUAUAUAUUUAUGUUUUGUAGAAGGAUUGCUAUGUAAUUGUUCAGGGGAACUGAAUUGAGCCAUGUGUCAUUUGCAUGGGGAAAAAUCUGCUGCUUUUGUCACAAGAUAUGUGAAUCACCAAUUGAGUGGAGAAGUCAAUGAAUCAUUGAUUUCUGCAUGCAUGUUCUGAUUUAUUUGGAAAUAAAGCUAUUUUUAUGCACAUUAACUAAAAUGGUUGGAUCAGUCUUUUCAGUAUUCCGGUGACAUUUACGAUCUACACAAAGAUCAGCAUGAGGUGUAAAGUCUGCCAGCUCAGUCUGUCAACUCUGCCUUAUCGUCCUGUAUACAUUACUCUUAUUGUUGCUAAUGUAGUUUAACCUGACUAUCAACUCGACAAUGUAAUGGGGUUAUAUUACACCAGAGCUUGCUUGCAAUGUGCCACACAGCCUGUACUCUGACGAGAACUUAACCAUCAUGAUACUUCCCUGUAUCUGUUUAUCUUGAGUAUAUGAACAGGAUAGGUGUAUUGUAGAACACUAGCUGUUUUGAAGUCUACUGAAUGCGCUCACCCCCAACUGGUGCAUGCUCUUCCCGGCAGCAUAGUCUGUAUCGUGAGACCUCACCAUCCUGAUACUUAACUUGUGUUAUAUAUUUUUUUAGUACAGGACUGAUGUCAACACUAAUGUACUUCCACCACAGGACACUAGCUGUUCUAUACGUCAUAGGGUGGACUUUAGCUCUUCUACGACUUGUAUUAUCAAUGAUCUUUGCAUGCUCUCUCUAUUUUAAUUUUAUGUGUGCUGUGACUGGGCAAUUUGCUGUGCUUAAUUGUAUUAACUUUUUUUUUAACCACCCUUCUGUAAUUGGUGCAUCCCCUAACUAUGCUCUGCCUCUUUUUAUAGCCUGUGGUGCACCUGUAUUCGGGUCACUGGAGUAUAAGAUGGAAGUUGUCGGUCCAAACUACAAAGGUCUGAGCUGUUGGCGCAAGCACGUUGUGGUGUCCAUCCUAAACUGUUUGCCCUGCGUUCAGGGUUGUCGGCUAUUGUUUGUAGGUCUUGCUCAGUGUCACUUGUGCUUCCCCAUAUUUGUGGUGAUGGUGGCUUCGCUAGGUAGAUUUGUCACAUGUAAUUUAAUGCUCUUAGUGACGGUACAUGAUUUGAAGUCCUCGGUAUUUGUCUGAGCCAUGCUCAAGUCACCAUCCAGGUAUUUAAUUAACAUUGCUGUUCGUGUUUCUGAAGUUGCCUGUUUUAAAUAUUGUAACAAAAGAUUGUAAUAAAAUAUUUUUUUAUAAAGCGUUA